UUGUAAAAAGCAACUGUUGGCGAGCUGGAAUACUUUCUUGCUGCAUUCCCCAGCAGGAUGUGGAAGUUCAAGUCAAAUAAGAACGUCAGAAAACAAAUAGUAAUUAUCAAUGAGUGCCACCGUAUUGUGAAUACCACUGUCCAUGAAAGUAACUGGCUUUUAAUAGAAGUGACUGUGAAACCCCAGAACUACCUUGCAUAUGAGCAGAUCUCCCCAGAAACCCCAAUAUCUCCAUCUAUAAAAGAAACAAAAUGACAAUCGUCACGGCAAGCAAGCCCAUCCUUCACUACUUCAGUUCACGGGGCAGAAUGGAGUCUGUGCGCUGGCUCUUGGCUGCAGCUGGAGUAGAGUAUAAAGAGGAAUUUAUACACACCAAUGAGGACUUGGAGAAGUUAAGAAGUGAUGGAGUUUUGAUGUUCCAGCAAGUGCCCAUGGUGGAGGUGGACGGAAUGAAGCUGGUGCAGACCAGGGCCAUUCUCAACUAUUUUUCCAGCAAAUACAACCUCUAUGGGAAGGACAUGAAAGAGAGAGCCCUGUACAGUAUAUUUCUAUUUCAGUAUCAAUGGAUAUCAUGAGAAGGAUCUAAGUCUUUCAUUGAAUGAUCAGAUCUAUG